AUGUUCACCAUGCUCGUCCACACCUUCGUCCUCCUCCUCACGGCCACUGCUGCCCUCGCCGCCCCGGCUGCUCACCGUCACUGGCCGCGCUUCACGGUUCCCCAGCAGCACUUCGAGGUUCUCAGCAUGCGCGCCCAGGUUGACGUGAACCCGUCCGCGGUGCUGGAGGCGACCUGCAUCGACCGCAAUGCCCACCUCGUCUUCCACGACACCAACAGCGCCGAGCUCGCCAUCUGCGGCGGCAUCUCCGGCUCUGUCUCCGCCUGCCAGGGCAAUCCAUCCACAACCAUUGGCCAGUCCGGCUCCGCGCGCUUCACCCUCAAGCCCACCACCGCCGGCGCCACCAUCAACAUCUCCAAGAACAAGUGGGAGCAGUGCGUCCGCGCCGCUCGCGACAAGUGCCCCACCGGCAGCAUGCGCGCGGUCUGCUCCGGCGGCGCGACGUCCGGCGACGUCGAGUUCACCCUCGAGGGCUUGCCUCCGUCGAACGAGCUGUGA